AGGCCAAAUAAUAGGUGUGUCUGGUUACCCUAAAGUUUGUAACAAUUGUUACAAAUUGUUACUGGAAGUCGUCUGUUAACCCAAAAGUUCUGCAAAAGAGAGCGGUUGGAGAGAGAAAUUUUGACAGUUCUUUCAGUGAGAGUUUGCAAAUUCUUGCUGGAAAAAUUUCUUCUUGCAAUCACUUGCAACUCUUCUUCUUCUCAUUCAACGACAUUCAAUCAGAUGUUUUCUAUUGUUUGUUUAUUUAUUUUUGUGCUUUCAAUUUGAAAAUAUUUUUUUGGAAUUAGCAAGACUAAUAGUUUUUGGAGAACAACUUUACAAAAUGUGAAAAACGUAAAUGUUAACAUGUAAUAAGAAAAUAAAAGACUAUUUCCAACAUUUUUAUUUAAAAAACCUGUAAAAUUAGUAUUGCUUCCUUUGUUUUAAUUCUCCUUAUGGGGGACAAAUUGGUUUGUUUUGACAAAUCAGCUGAUUAGUUGCAAGCUUCUGCAGGAAUACCGUCUGUUUACUUUUCGCAUUUUUCUUGCAAAAGAGAAUAAAACUACCUUACUCUCUCAGAAAGAAGUUACUGGACAAUUCCUGCUGGAAAAGUAACCAGACACACCUAAUGCUUCUACCUCCAACUAGGCAGAAGUAACGAAUAAACCGGAAAAAGUGUUGAAAGUAGUUGCAUUCAGCCUGAUAAUUACAUUGCAUGCGUGCAAUUGUAAUACUAAUAUUGUGUUAAGUAAAUUAUUUGAAUGCUAUAUAAUAGAAAUGGAGGCUGCAAAAAAACUGUCCCGUAGUGAACUCCUCAAAUCGAUCGACAUUGUUGUUCAUAACAUAUCAACUGAGGAAAAGAAUAGGAUCCUACCUGAGAAUAUUGAAGUCCUUUGUAAAACAGUAUUGUGUACAUACGAACAUUUUUCGCUUUAUGCUAUUCAAUUCGUUCUAAGUGAUGAAUUCACACAUCUAAGGCCAGAGCAACGUCAAGGACUACUACAUGAGGGAACUGGAGCACGAGUUAUAUCUGCAUAUGUGGAAAUAAUAUUUGAUAACUCUGAUAACAGAGUACCGAUUGAUAAGGACGAAAUUUAUUUGAGAAGGGUCAUUGGAGCUAAAAAAGACCAAUACUUUCUUAAUAAAAAAGUCGUUCCAAGGACAGAGGUAGUCAAUUUGUUGGAAUCCGCAGGAUUUUCGAAUUCUAAUCCUUACUACAUCGUAAAACAAGGAAAAAUAAAUCAGAUGGCAACGGCAGCGGACUCUUACAGACUUAAAUUGUUACGUGAAGUAGCUGGCACUCGUGUAUACGAUGAAAGAAAGGAAGAAUCUCUAAACAUACUACGGGAAACAGAAGGAAAAUUAGAAAAGAUUUCUGAGUAUCUUAAAACAAUUGAGGAUCGACUAAAGACUCUUGAAGAAGAGAAGGAAGAACUUAAAGAAUAUCAAAAAUGGGAUAAAGCGCGUCGAAUUUUAGAGUAUAUAAUACAUGAAACAGAGUUAAAGGAAACUAAAAAGGCAUUGGAUGAUAUACAACAACAACGUAAAACGUCUGUCGACAAGAAGAAAGUUUAUAACACUGAAAUUCAGAAAGCUCAAGAAAAAAUCAAGGAAAUCCAAAAAAAUCUUAAGGAUGCAAAAAAAAAUGUAGUAACCACCAAGGAAGAAAGGUCCAUACUUUUAACCGAGCAGCAACAGUUACUACGGGAGAAGACCAAACUAGAUCUAACUAUAAUUGAUCUGAAUGAUGAAGUGCAAGGUGACAACAAAUCUAAAGAACGAGCUGACCAGGAAUUAAAGAAGUUGAAGGUGACGAUCAGUGAAAAGGAAAGAGAGUUAGAAGAGGUAAAGCCAAAGUAUGAAGCCAUGAAGCGAAAAGAAGAAGAAUGUUCACGUGAGUUAGCUUUAAAAGAACAAAAAAGGAAGGAACUUUAUGCAAAACAAGGUCGUGGAUCUCAAUUUUCAUCUCGAGAAGAACGUGAUCGUUGGAUCCAAAACGAGCUUAAAUCUAUAAGCAAACAAAUUAAGGAUAAAAUUAACCACCAUUCGAAAUUGGUGGAGGAUCUUAAAAAGGACGCAAAUGCAGAAAAGGAUUUAGGCAAAAAAAUAGAAGAAAACUCAACUGAAUUGGAACAGUUACGAUAUCAAAUAGAUGAGCACAAUAAGAAGUAUUAUGAACUUAAAAAAACUAAAGAUCAUUACCAAGCUACAAGAAACGAAUUGUGGCGGAAGGAAACUCAAAUGACACAACAACUACAAUCGCAUAAGGAAGAAUUGUCAAAAACCGAUCAAGCACUCCGUAGUAUGGCGGGAAAACCGAUUUUAAAUGGUCGCGAUUCUGUUAGGAAAGUCUUAGAUAAUUUUCUAGAGAAAGGCGGCCAAUACGCUGAUAUUGCCCAUGCUUAUUACGGGCCGGUUAUUGAAAAUUUUAGCUGUGAUAAGACAAUAUACACUGCAGUGGAAGUCACAGCUGGAAAUAGACUUUUUCAUCACAUCGUUGAAUCUGAUAAAGUUGGAACACAAAUUUUGAAAGAGAUGAACAAGCUGAAAUUGCCAGGAGAAGUUACUUUUAUGCCUCUUAAUAGAUUGCAAGUGAAAAAUCAUGAAUAUCCAGAUGAUCCAGACUCAAUCCCAAUGAUAUCUAAACUUAAGUAUGAUGAGCAACAUGGAAAGGCUCUGUGUUACAUAUUUGGGAAAACGUUAAUAUGUCGCAAUUUGGAGAGAGCAACUGAAUUAGCAAAAUCUACAGGGUUGGAUUGUGUAACAUUAGAUGGUGACCAAGUUUCAUCCAAAGGUUCUCUUACUGGCGGAUACUUUAACACCUCGCGGUCUCGUUUGGAAAUGCAGAAAAAGAGGACAGAAUUAACAGCUCAAAUAAAAGACUUUGAAAAAGAGCUUAACAAAAUUCGUAAUGAUCUAAAGAUAGUAGAAAACAACAUAAAUGCUGUUGUUUCAGAAAUGCAAAAAACUGAGACAAAACAGGGGAAAUCUAAAGAUAUUUUUGAAAAGGUACAAGGAGAAAUUCGUUUGAUGAAAGAAGAAUUAGUCCGGAUAGAAAAAUAUAGAACCCCAAAAGAACGAUCACUUGCCCAAUGCAAGGCUAGCUUGGAUGCCAUGAAUAGUACGAAGUCUGGGUUAGAAAUGGAAUUAAAUCAAGAAUUAAUGUCUACACUUUCCGUCCAUGAUCAGAAAGAAAUAGACCAACUUAAUGAAGACAUUCGAAAAUUAAAUCAAGAAAAUAAGGAGGCAUUUACGCAAAGAAUGCAACUGGAGGUCAUAAAAAAUAAACUGGAUAAUUUGUUAGUUAAUAACUUGUUUAGACGCAGAGAUGAAUUAAUACAAGCAUUGCAAGAAAUAUCUGUGGAAGAUAGAAAACGAAAGCUCAUAAACUGCAGGAAUGAACUAAAUGCUGCAGAAAAGAGAAUUAAAAAGGUUAAUCAAGAUCUGGAGGAUAUGGAAGGAAGAGUGCAAGAAGCUGUCCACAUGCAGAAGUCUUUACAGAUUGAAUUGGAAAACUGGAUAAAAACUGAAAAGGAAAUAGAAGAAAAAAUCAAUGAAGAUUCCAAAAAGGUUGAGAAGUGGGCAGCAAAGGAGAAUCUAUUGCUGCAAAAAAUUGAUGAGUACACAGAAAAGAUUGCAUCACUGGGGGCUUUACCACAAUCUGAUCCAACAUAUGCUAAAAUGUCCCUCAAAACAUUGUUUAAGGAGUUAGAAAAGGCCAAUCAACAUCUUAAAAAAUAUAACCAUGUUAAUAAAAAAGCGUUAGAUCAAUUUCUAAGCUUUUCCGAGCAAAAAGAAAAGCUUUACAAAAGAAAAGAAGAAUUGGAUAUUGGCGAUGAGAAGAUUAGGGAGUUAAUGCAGUCUUUGGAAAUGCAGAAAGUUGAAGCUAUUCAGUUCACAUUUAAACAAGUCGCUAAAAAUUUUACCCAAGUGUUUAAAAAGUUGGUGCCUCAGGGAGCUGGGUAUCUUAUACUUAAAACAAAAGACAACGUAGGUGAUGUCUCAGACAGAGAAGUUGCAAAUUCUGAUGCAUUUACAGGGAUUGGCAUUCGUGUGUCUUUUACUGGCGUUGAAGCUGAAAUGAGAGAAAUGAAUCAAUUAUCUGGAGGACAAAAGUCACUUGUAGCACUGGCACUAAUUUUUGCUAUACAAAAGUGUGAUCCAGCUCCAUUUUAUUUAUUUGAUGAAAUCGAUCAGGCAUUGGAUGCACAGCAUAGAAAAGCAGUUGCAGAUAUGAUUCAUGAAUUGAGUGAUAAAGCACAGUUCAUUACAACCACGUUUCGACCGGAGCUGUUGGAAAAUGCCCACAAGUUCUAUGGCGUUCGUUUUAGGAAUAAAGUAAGUCACAUUGAUUGUGUUACACGGGAGCAAGCAAAAGACUUUGUGGAAGAUGAUAAUACACAUGCGUAAAAUAUUAUUGUAAAUGAUAAAGAUAUUUGUCAUAUUUACACUCAAAAACGUUAUAAAACCUGUUUAUGUAAUAAUGUAAUUUUUGGCCCAGCUCUUAAUAAAAAAAAUUAUGUAAAGAAA